GUUGAGGGUCGCCCCUGGGCGAGGGCACGAGGUGCGGGGGGGGGGAUGGGCACCGGAGCCAACACUGCAGAGCACGCUCAGUCCAGGGUCCGGCCGCCCGCUCCGGCUCCAGGCGAGGACAUACAGUGGCCUCCGGAGGGAGAGUGAGCCGAAGUUCUUCUGCUCGAGCUACCAUGGAAAAAUACCAGGUGCCGUGAUGUCCCCUUUGCGGGGACAGGCUGCCCGAGCCCAAGAUUUUGUACCAGCUGAGUCCUGGGGCCUUAGGGGUGAACCUGGUGGUGGAGGAACUGGCCACUGAAGCCAAGCUCGUGAUAAAGCAGCUCAGGCCUCUGCUAAAGCUUCAGCACGCCCACAUCUCCCUGUACCAGGAGCUGUUCAUCACGUGGAACAGUGAGGUGGGUCAGGUGGCACCUGCACCUGGGCUGCAGCACCAAGCCCAUUGAGCGUGCCCCGCCCACAAGGCAAUGCCGGGCUGAGUGUGGCAGCCCCCACUCAACAGCUGUGGGGGUGGGAACCACCUGGGGGCUUACUGUGCGCAAUUCCAGGUGAGCCCUCAAGGACCUCCUCCUAGGAGGGCUGCCAACGAGUGCCACAUUCCUUUAGGCUUCCUGGCUCACAUGUGGCAAGCAGGGGACCCAGCCUGGUGGCCCCACUCCAGCUCCCCACCUGCAGCCCCAGCCGAGCAAGUCUGCAUGGCUGACAGGAGCCUGCAUUCCAGGGGGAAGAGGCUGGUCCUAGGGAGCUGCUGCUCUGCCUCCCACUGCCAUUUGCCACCCAGUUAUCCCGGCCCCCAGGCCCCUCACUCCCACAGGUCCUGCACAGUUUACUAACUGGCUCCAUGUCUGCUCACAUCCUGGGAGAUCCACAGGGCUGGAAGUACUGUCCUCAUUUUCCUAAUGGGGCUCAGAGAGGUCAUGGAGCUCCCCAAAGCCACACAGCUAGUAAAGAGUUGAGUGGGGUUCAAAUCCAGGUUUCUUGCCCAUGCCCUGGGUCCCUUCAGGUAUGACUUCUUAUCGCUUCAAGGAGCUGGAGCUUUCCAGAAAUUCCAGGCUGGCAGGCCUUGGCCACCUCUCCACAUAUCCAUGUCAGUGUCCCACUGGACCAGGGGGUCCUACCCAGCAGCCAGGCCCGGGGAAGCCAGGGGAAAGGCCCCCCUGCAUGCUCCCACACAUAUUGUGAAGUACCCCCUGACGCUGUCAGGGAAGGGGCAAAAAAGCCAAGAAGACAGGUCACUAUGAAGGGAGCAAGACAGGCUCCUCAGAGGAAGUGCAUCUCAGCUGACACCCAGGGAAGCUGCCACCUGUGAAGGGUGAGGUAAUCCCAGCAGAGGGGUCCCCACUUCCAGUGGCUGCAGCUGUCGGGAAAGGCCAAGCAACUGGGAGCAGAUAGAACCUGGGGUGGCGGUGCCUGGGAAUGGGGAGACAAGAGGCAGGGCCUCCAGCCAGCAGUGUGACCAAAGCAGUGACGCCACAGAGUAUCUGGGCCUGGCUGGGGCAGCCGGUGAAGGGCCUUGGUCCCCACAGGUCUCCUCUCUGUCCCUCUGUCUGGUGAUGGAGUACAGCCAGGGUAGCCUCCAGAUGGUCAUUCAGAGUAAGAGGGAAGAGAAGACAGAGAUGGAUCCAAAGUGGAUGCAGGAGAUCCUGGGUCAGAUGUUGGACGCUCUGGAGUACUUGCACCAGCUGAGCAUCAUCCACAGGAAUCUCAAGCCUUCUAACAUCAGCCUGGUCAGUAAAAACCACUGCAAACUCCAGGACCUGAGCUCCAACGCAAUGAUGACCCACAGAGCCAAGUGGAAUGUCCGUGCGGAGGAAGACCCCUUUCAAAAGUCCUGGAUGGCCCCUGAAGCCCUGGACUUCACCUUCAGCCAGAUGUCUGACGUCUGGUCCCUGGGCUGCAUCAUGCUCGACAUGGCCAGCUGCUCCUUCCUGAAUGCUACAGAAGCCAUGUACCUGCGGAAGUCCCUCCGCCAGAACUCUGGCAGCCUGAAAGCCAUCCUGAAGACCAUGGAGGAGAAACACAUCCCAGAUGUAGAAACCUUCUCUUCCCUCCUGCCCUUAAUGUUGCAGAUCAACCCCUUGGAUCGAAUAACAAUCAAGGCUGUGGUUCGUAUGACCUUUGUGAGUGGCUCAUUCAAGUCCUCAUGUGUGGCCAUGACCCUGCACCAGCAGGUGGUGCCCGAGAUCAUCACCAACAUACUGUUAGAAGGCAACGUCACCAGCAUCUUAGAGGCCAUGGAGAACUUCCCCAGCCGUCCUGAAGUUCAGCUCAAGGCCAUGAAGAGGCUUUUGCAGAUACCUGAGGACCAGCUAGGGCUGCCGUGGCCCAAGGGGCUGGUGGAGGUGGUGGUCACCGCUAUGAAGCUGCAUGAGAGGAUCCUCGACCUGCAGCUUUGUGCCUGCUCCCUGCUACUGCGCAUCCUGAGCCAUGUGCUGGUGCAGGACGCAGAAGCCCAGGUGCCAUGGGAUAUCUCCAUCAUCUGCUCCCUGCUGAGCAUCAUGAGGAGCCACUCAGACUCGGAGCAGCUCAUCACCCAGGGCUACAGCCUGCUCACCAUAAUCUCUAGCCAGGUGCAGGUCUCUGAGGAGCUACAGAAGGCGGGGCUGUUUGAGCUCAUCCUGGAGCACCUGUACAGAUUCUCCAAGGACAGGGACAUCUGCUUCAGUGCCUUGGGCCUGCUCUGGUCCCUCCUGGUGGAUGCUGUCAUUGUGAACAAAGACCCUGUGGUGAAGAUCCCAGCCCUGGUCAUCCAGGUGCUGGACACCCACCCCACAGAUGCAGAAAUAGCUGAGGCAGGCUGUGCGGUGUUCUGGCUGCUGUCCUUGCUGGGUGAGGAGCUCAGGCCCUUGAGAGUGAGUGGGGAGGGCAGCCCUGGACACAGGGCAACCAGGUCCCUGUCCUCUGCAGGCUGCAUGAGUGAGUGGCAAUUUGAGAAGGUGGUGGAGCUGCUUUUGCAAAGCAUCCGGCUGAGCCAGGAAAGAGUCCUGCUGGUGAAUAAUGCCUACCGAGGGCUGGCCAGCCUCGCCAAGGUGUCAGAGCUGGCAGCCUUCCGGGUGGUGAUGCCACAGGAUGGUGGCAGUGGCCUCACCCUCCUGCAGGAGACCUAUCAGCUGUACAAGGAUGACCCUGAGGUGGUGGAGAACCUCUGCAUGCUGCUGGCCCACCUUUCCUCCUACAAGGAAAUCCUGCCAGAGCUGGAGUCCAGUGGCAUCAGGGCUCUGGUCAGAGAGAUCCAGGGGCGCUUCACCUCCAGCCUGGUGAGUGACAGGAGGGCCUUCAGCAAACUAGGCCAAGCCCCUACACCUGGGGACAUGGGCUGGGCACGUUUACUUGGAGCAGGCUCUGAGUGCUGUGGGCAGACUUCAGCGACACUUCCCUGCCUAUUACUCCAUUUCUGGGACUGGGCCAGUCAAUCCUGGGGGUAGGGGUGACCAGAGGGUUUCACAAAUUGGUAGAUUUCAUCAGUUAAUGGCUCCGACCCCAGACCCUCCAAGAGGAACCUGCCUAUCCCUUCCAGGAGCUGGUCUCUUAUGCAGAGAAAGCGUCCCUGAGUCUGGAGGCUGCACUGCACAGCUCCCAGGAAAGGAAGCUGUGUGGAGCUGCUGUCAGGGAGGAAGCAGCUGCUCCUAAG